UAAGUUUAUUUUCAGUAUUAAAAAUGAAAUGAUUCUUUUGAGCAGAAAACUUUUGAAAACGCACUAGUAACAGAAUGUGUAGACACGAGUUUAAGGUUUAAUUCGUUUCAUUUAUUUCAUUUUUAGAUAAACACUAACACUAAUAAAAUUAAAAAAUCCAAAGUGUCAUGUGCCCCACUGAGAGAGUAUACCUAAUCACCAAACCAAACGUAACUAUAAAUAAUGUUAGAUAGACAAUCAAUGGAAGCAUUAAUCUGAGCUAUUGCAGUGGCAGCCACUGUUUACACCUCUCUCCCAAACGCCGUCGUUUUGCUCCGCCACCGCUGCUUCCUUCUCGAACCUUCCACCAUGUCGAUUCGCGAUUCCGAAUCCUUCAAUUGGCACUCCGACGCGGAGCUCGAAGACCAGGACCUCCAUAUCCGCGGCCAGAAGCUCUUCUUCAUCGUCGUCCUUUUCUCCAUCGUCGUCCUCUUCACCGCGCUCUUCCUCUUCGCGCGACGGAUCUGCCACCACCACGGCCUCCUCUUCGACGCCGUCCCACCGCAACAGGCGCCGCCGACGCUUCCAUCUGAUGACGGCCUCGACGCCGACGCGAUCAAGCGGCUACCGAUCAUCCUGCACCAGCGCACGGCGGCGGAGGAGACGGAGUGCUGCAUCUGCCUCGGCGCGUUCGUCGACGGCGCGAAGCUGAAGGUUCUCCCUGGAUGCGAGCACAGCUUCCACAGCGAGUGCGUGGACAAGUGGCUCGCGAAUCACUCCAAUUGCCCUCUCUGCAGAGCUUCGCUGAAACUCAAUCCUUCGUUACCGAGGAUUUUGAUCCAAUCGCCGCCCGUUAGAACAACGCUUCCUCUCUGAUACUUUUUUUCAGUUCAGACUAGUAACUUAGAAACAGUUGAGUAGUUCUCACUUGUUUUGGAUCAUAUUUUGCAUGUGUAAAUCCUUGUAAGAACUACUAAUGAAUCGCCGAGAAAUAUUCAUAGUUCUCAAACAUUUU